AUGGCUCAACCGAUCAUGGAAAUAGUAAAGUCUGCUUUUGUCCCGGUUGAAAAGCCACCUCCAUGCUUUAAUCAUUUUCAGCCCUUGUGCAACGUUGUAGGCAUUGGGAUUGCAAUUGAUGAAGCAAAGGUGAAUAAAAAUGCUGCAACAUCUUUUGAAUCCUCUGAGAAGAUAUACGACCAAAAGUUUUUAGUCAUAUUAACGUUGAAUGGGUUGGACCUGUUCAAUCUUAUUGUUAUUCUUCAUUUUGUCACUGAAUUAAAAGAUUUCCAAGGUCACACAGUAUGCCUAUACCUAACUUCUUCUCCCGGAAACCUCGUAGAGGUGCAAGCCUUAUUCAUGUUAAAAAAUAUAUUUUUGAUAGAUUAUCAGUAUGUCAAACAAUGA